AUGGAGAUGAUGAACUUUGUUAUUAAUGCUUCUAAUAUUAAGUGCUAUGCCUAUAAGUUCAUAGAACAGUUUAAUGUGCUCACUGCAGAAUUUGAAUACUUACUGUCUGACAGUACAAGCAACGUCCGGACAUUUGCUUUUAAAAAGCCGUUGAGGGAUAUGAAGCCACUUUCUGAUAAGGUGCAUCUCACUCAGGCGGCAGAUGUUGGAGCCUCUUCCCCAGAGUUUACUUCACUGUGUGCCUGGCUGGUUUCAAAUAUCAAGGCUGUUUGUUUACUGGAAGAAGUCAUUAGUCCAACAAGUGGUCCAGAUGAUGCAGAGACAUUUCAGCUUGAGGUGAGUGGAGUGGUCAGUGAAUUGCAGUGUCCGUAUCAAUCCCUGACUUCAGGAAGUGUGACUGAUCGACUGACUACUAAUGAGAAUUGCCUCCUACUUUUGUUAUUUCUGUGUUCUGAACUGCAGGCAGCUCGACUUCUGUUCACAAGACAUCAGCCAUCAUCAGUAAAAGUGGAGGAGAAAAAUGAGACUCUUGAAGAACUGAAACUGAUCUGUGAAACACUUGCUCUACCAGAGCCUGAGCUGGAUGUCUCCGUAUCCCAGCUUCUUACAGAUGUUCACAGUAAGAUAUCUGAAUGCCGUUCUUUAUUGCCAGACAAUAGAUUGUUGAAGCCCUUGCUGAAUAAACCUCUGCAGCCAGAUCAGUGGGAAAAGUUAGCCUGGAUCCACUGGACCCUACGAAGUGAAUACGAAUGUCGCAUGAAGAUGCUUCUAAGCAGAGUUGAUGUCACAGUGAAAUCUUUUCAUUGGUCUGAUAGGGCAAAGAAACAGACUAAUCAUAUGGUAGAGACAUUUGAACCUCUGAGACGGACACUCUCCUCUGAAUCGCAUGUGACACUUGCACAUCUCCUAGCAGCUAGGGAGGAUGUAGCUUCAGUUUUCAAUGCAAUCAGCAAGACAUCUGAAGAGAAAAAUAUCUGUGCUGUAAAGAAGGUAAUGAUGGGAUCUGUGCCAGAUCGAGGAGGGAGGCCCACUGAAAUCGAACCUCCUAUGCCAGAAUGGCAACACAGACGUGAAGGAACUGGAAAGAGGGGCAAUAAGCAGUGGAGCAAAAAAAAGAAGUAGUAGUAGCGUGGACCUGCAUAUACAGAAUGCAACCACCAAGUACUAAUUGUCUGCCGAGUAAUAUGACUCAUAGGGGGGAUGAUAUAAAGGCCUGAACUUAAAAUACGAUAUACAUUUGAUACUGUAACUGAAGAGCAAGUUAAAGCACAUUUGCUAAGCCUGAAUGUUGCCAUAAAACAGAUAUCAAUGUUAUUUGGUUAUUGCAGCAUCCUAUUUUAUUUUCUGGUCAUAUGGUUUGUAAUAAAAUAUUUAAAAGAAAGCUGAUUUGGGGAAAUUAUGAUAUGCUGCAGUUCAGAUCUGUUUGCAUAAAAAUCUUUAUUUUUUGUUUUAGUUUGCAGUGCAGAGUAAUUAAGUUUAAUUAUGUUUACUCUGUGGCUGUUAUUGAUUUAACAAAUAAAUAUGAAAAAACAGAUGCA